GGAUUUUUAACCCCACCCGCGGGCCUUGUAGGAAAAGGAAGUAAACGGAGUUUUGCUGAAGUAUGCGCAUUGCGCACCCGAGCCGUUUUCUCAUUUCAGUGGCGGAGCUUUCCCUCGCAGUGUCCUCUCUCAGUCUCCACAGGCUUCGCCAUCUCUUCCCACUGCAAUCCCUCGCGUUCGCCAUGUCCGGGGCUCCAGAUUCCGUCGACCCCUUCGCCGCCGCCGCCGGCGGUGACGACCUCAAGUUCGGCUUCCAGCGUCCGGAGAUGUACAAGAGCUCGCUCGCCGGUACCGUCGAUCCGCCGUACGACCGCCAUGUUUUCCUCUGCUUCAAGAGCCCCGAUUUUUGGCCUUCUCGAGUCGAGAACUCCGACUCCGAUCUGCUUCCCAAGCUUUUAUCCUCGGCUGUCAAGUCUCGCAAGAACGACAUCAAUGUCAAGACUCGUUUGACGAUAUGUGAGGGCCGAGAGGGAACUGAGUUUUCGGACGGUGACGUGUUAAUUUUCCCAGAAAUGAUCAAAUAUAGGGGUUUGAAGGAGUCGGACGUGGAUCGUUUUGUGGAUGUUGUGCUUGUGAAUGAAAAACCAUGGGAUUCUGGAGUGCAGGUAUUGACUGGUUCGCAUGUGUUUGUGUGUGCUCAUGGUAGUCGAGAUCGAAGAUGUGGUGUUUGUGGACCAGUUCUUAUUGAGAAGUUCAAAAAAGAGACUGAAGUGAGAGGGCUAAAAGAUCAAGUAUUUGUGAGCGCUUGCUCACAUAUUGGCGGGCACAAGUAUGCUGGGAACUUGAUAAUUUUCAGUCAAAAUCUGGAGGGAAAAGUCACUGGUCAUUGGUACGGCUAUGUGACUCCUGAUGAUGUUCCUGAAUUACUUGACCUGCACAUUGGGAAGGGAGAGAUUAUUGAACGGCUCUGGAGGGGCCAAAUGGGUGCAACCCCGGAGGAAGGUGAAAAGGCAAGUGAAGAGAAACUAAUUCCAAACGGAAAGGAUUUGAAGAAAAGCAAGAAGAAGCUUCAAGAAAGCAGCAACCAAGGCAAUCAGGAAAACACGGGGGGCUGUUGCCAGGGUGCUGAAGGGUUUUCAUGUUGCAGAGACAGUAACUCACAGGUGCCUGAGAAAAAAGGGGUGUGCGGACUGUCGAGUUGGCUGGGAACAUGGGAGCAAGGUGAUGUUCUUGCUGCGGUAGCCGUGGUCGGAGCAGUGGCAACUGUUGCUGCUGCAUAUAGUUUGUAUCGCAAGCAGGGUUGAAACUAAACACGCCCAUAAAUAAUGUGCCUUUUUUUCCCUUUUUUGGCAGGGGAGAAAUAACGUGGAUAAAAUAAUAUCUUGAACCAGUUAUAUGGUAUAGAAGAGUAAUGUCUGCAUACUAACAGGUAUAUGCCUUUGUUAAGAGGCAUCCAUGGGGAAAGUUCAGCAGAUUUAUGGAUGAAUUUUGUUUUUGGCUGAAUAAAAAAAAAGGUCUGUUUUUAGUUCACGGAUCACUGAAUAGUUUGUAUUUUUAAUAGUGGAUUGGAGCCUAUUUUAAUACUCUAGCAGGAUUUGAGCUUUGGAGAUUA